AUGAAGUCUUUCAUCGUAUUAUUACUUCUCUCUAUCGAUGUUUUAUUGGCUCAGAAUAAAGCUAAUUCAACUGUUCGUAUUAGUAAUAGAGCGGUAGCACGUCCACGAUCAAUGUCUGGCGAUUUUUGGACACCGGAGAGACUGAAAGCAGCCAAAAACCUAUUGUUGUCCCACCCAAUAAUCGCUCCGGCACAAGUCGUUCUAAAUGUUACCAGUCCAUUAGCAAGAGCCCUGAACAGUCGUGGACGUCAUGUAGCUACCACUGGACGAGCGUUUUUGGUCCUGUGUGGUGAUUUAAUUGUAACAACAGGUCAUUGUUUGUACGAGACUAGUACAUCACGAUCGUUCACUGAUUGCAAUUGGAUAUUUGUACCAGGUUAUGAAAAUGGUACUGCUCCUUAUAGCCGAUGGCCUGCUCGACUAGCAGCAUAUGCUUUUGGAAAUCCAGUUAAUCUUGAUAAUGGAAAGGUUCUUCAAUCAUGUUCAGGAACACCAGGUGCUUCGAAAUAUACAGGCAAUAAUUAUGUUGGACAAGGAUUAUCUAAUUGUUACAUGACAGGUGGUUGUUCAGGUGGCCCUUGGUUACAACAAUUUGAUGAAUCGACUGGAGUUGGAGUGACUUAUUCAGUGAAUAGCUUUACUUAUUCAUCAGUAUCGAACACAAUAAAUGGACCUGUCUUUGACACAAAUGUUUAUAACCUUUGGAACUACACAACUGCUCCUUAA